AUGUAUUGCAAAGAACCAACAGUACUCGGCCAUUUCCCAGCCGAGAUUUGGUUAGGCAUCUUGGAUGAGAUGGAGCGUUCCUGCAGCUACAAAUCCAUAGCCCAUCUCUCCCAGUGCAACAAGUUCCUUAAUGAUCUCGCAGAGCGGCACCUCUACCGAACAUACACCACCUACCGCCUUUACGGGGAGGCAGCAGGAAGGUCGCUCGCUGCCUACUUCGAUACCAUCUGCAAUUCGCCACGCCUGGCGAGCCUCGUCACCACUCUUCGAAUUGACAAGAUUGACUCUUCCACAGCUUCUAAGUAUAGUCAUCACAUCUUAGAGGACGCAGGUCAGAAGAUAGGAAUUAGGGUAAAUAAGCCUGCCCUGCCAAGCAUGUCAGGCUUCGAACAAGCCCGCAUCAUAAUAAACAUGCUACCGUGUUUGCUUCCGAAUCUGAAAACGCUUCAUCUGGGACUAGGGAUCGUUGGAGGCGUCUACAAGUUCCAAAUUCUAUGUUAUUGGCGCGACCAGUCUCCCGACAACCGUCUCCGCAAGCUAGAGGUCGUGAAGCUGGACUACGGCGCAGAAGGCACGGGAAUCAGGCCGUCGGAUGCGCCCGGUUUGUUCUCAGGGGUAGCCCCCAACAUCCACACCCUUUUCCUCCGGCCGCGCUACGUCUUGACCGACAUGUACGUUCCCAGACGCCUAGCCCAACACCAUUUCUGCCCGGCGCUGGUCCCCACGCUAGCCAAACUGCGAGCGCUUCACAUCGACGGAAACCUGCCCUACACGUCCCGUGAGGGCAUGCUGAUCCAGCACUGCCCGAAGCUCGAGGUGUUCAGCUACCUGAAAGGCGUCUGGGAUGUGCACCGGGACAUACGCAACCUGCCCGUCAACACCCACGCCUUCCUAUCCUAUCAAUACAGAGAGUGGCCCGUCCUCGAGCACACCAUGGCCGCCAUCCUGCCCCAGCCCCCGGACCUUAAUCUCCUGCACUGCACCUCGCUCAAGGUCGCCCACAUCGACUACGAGCUCCUGGUCCGCUGGCACCUCGCCGACGUCCCCCGCGACCGCCGUAUAUUCAAGAAGAUCCUCCCGCCCUCUCUGACCGCCUUCCACCUGUACGGCGCCGACCGCCUCCCGUUCCUCGAGUACUUUUAUACCAUCCAGCCGCGACUCGCCGGCUCCCACUUCCCCAAGCUGAAAGAGCUGGUGUUUCACACGGACGCUGAUCUGGCGCCGGAAUCCGCGAUACACAGUGUUCUCGGCAGAGCGAUGAACCAGGCGCUCAGUGGGCUGCAGUUGACGCCCAGGGUGGAAAAUAGCGCCUCCCGGGCGUGGGACGGCUAA